UCUCUGCCAACUUUAUUUUUACUUCAUUCAAAUCCACCUGCUAAGCUGGUAUCGGAUAUUUUAUUGUACAUGCAUAGUGCGCAGAAUGUUGUGAUGCAGCCAGUAUCACAGUGUGCAUCUUUAGAAAACCUCUCUGUGCCAGUUUAAUUUCAUAAGAUGGCUCAUCAUCCUCCCACACAAAAAUGAUUUUGGAAUAUCAUUAAUAAGACUUGAUAAUAAUAACUUUAAUAAUGACUUUGAACCGUUACGUGUUUUAAUUAUUACAUUAUAAUUAUUAUACUGUUUAAAGUGUCGUUUGUUUGGGCUUUUUUGUCAGUUGCAAGCAAGCAGUUACAAGUGUGCACUGAUGUGUACUGAUGAUGAAAUUCUGAAAAAAACUUUGAAAAUGCUGAACAAUGAGAGGAAAUCAGAUUUCAUCACAUCUUCUGUUCUGCUUUGUGGCAGAAAAAAAGGCUCGUGAUUUUUUUGGAAAAUUUUACCAUGUUAGUAGUCGUACAGCAGUACCUCAUGAUCACUGUGCUUUUCAUGUAUUUCAUGAGUUCCAUACCAGUGAUCUGUGCCCUUUUGACCUGGAAUACACCCGGCAGCCAUGACAACAUCUGGAUUUCAAACCUUCCUCCUCCUGCUCCUCUUCCUCAGCUCCAUCUCAUACCUGCUUUUUUACAGUUUCUUGAACCAUAAGCUCUAUAAGCAGAAAUAUCAUCCAGAUGUUUCACAGAGAAACAUAAGCAUUCUGCUGUGGCGCUGGCCUUUCAGACGCUCCUACAGACUUUAUGGGAACAAAUGCCUUGCGAUGUACAACAUCAGCCACUGUUUCCUCACUGACAACACCUCUGCCUUCUCCACUGCUGAUGUGGUUGUCUUUCACCAUCAGGAGCUCAGUGAAGGUCUGUCUUCGCUGCCCCUGCACUGGCAUCGCGCAGCGUCCCAGCACUGGGUGUGGCUGUCCUUGGAGCCUCCUAUCAACAAUGCAAAACUUAGGCAGUUUAAUGGCCUCUUCAACUGGACAAUGAGCUACAGACGUGAUGCAGACAUAUAUAUUCCUUAUGGAAAGACUGUGCUAGGAGGCAAUGAGCGAGACUUGCAGGCUGCUCCAAACCGCUCCUGCCUUGUCAGCUGGGUGGUCAGCAAAUACAAACCUCACCAGGCUCGCGCUAAAAUUUACCGAAGUCUGAAGAAGUAUAUUCCCAUAGAGGUGUAUGGCAAGUGGAACAAGAAACCGCUGUCAAAGAAGAAGCUGUUGCCCACCAUUGCAAACUGUUUUUUUUACCUGUCUUUUGAGAACUCAGAGGCUAAGGACUACAUUAGUGAGAAACUCUGGAGGAAUGCUUUCCAAGCAGGAGUUGUACCCGUAGUUUUCGGCCCAAGCCGGGCCACCUACGAGGCCCUGGCUCCCCCUGGUUCAUUUAUCCAUGUAUCUGAUUUUAAGAGCACAGCAGACCUGGCUGCCUAUCUGAAGCAUGUGGCAGCAGACAGGCAGGCUUAUGAGAAGUACUUCCAGUGGCACCGCACUCACAGAAUAAAAACCUACACUGAUUGGAGAGAACGGCUGUGUCAAAUCUGUGUUAACUAUCCCAGUUUACCGGUCAGCAGAGUCCAUCAUGACCUAGAGAGCUGGAUUAACAGCUAAGAUUUUUAUCUCUUCCUGCUUUCACUGAGGUGUUUUGAUUGGAUGUGCUGAUACAUCUGGGCUACCACACUGUAUAUAAUACCAUAUAGUGACAAUUCAGUGUGGGCAUACAUUUUCUCAUUGAGUCAUGCAGUCUUUGUAAGCAGUGAAGGGCUUCACACCUCCAAAUAAAUAAUCUGAAGUAGUUGGUUGGGUUGGCUGUGGUGGUGUAUGAAAAAGCAGAAGUGGGAACUUGUAAAACCUUAAAUAAGCAUUUUCCAUUUGUUCUCACCACAGAGGAAAGUUUCUCUUCAUGACAUGCUACUGAUUACAGUAAGCAGUGAAUUUUGUUUUGUUAUUCUCCAUCUGAAAUGUCAGCUCAUCAAAAAGAAAAAGAUUUUGUUUGCUUUAUCUAGCUAUAAAAUAAAUUGAACUGAAUUCAUUUGAUUGUUUUGUCUGUUUGCAAGGAGCCCUACUACCAGAUGAAUGAUAAAUUAAUGUUGUCGAGUUUAGGUGCCAUUACAGUGAAUACAGCCUCUUCUUUGUCCUUCCAGUUAAAAGCCAAGCAGCUGCAUUUUGGACUCUGGAUUUUAUGCUAUUCAGUCCUCCCUGAAAGCCACAGUAUAUUUAAACAAAGUUCUUAUCAACUCAUACCAUAUCAGUGUCUGAAACCUCCCUGUCCAAUGCUGGAAAAAGGUGAGCUGCAACACACUUCCAUGUGUCUGGGGGUAGUCGUAGACAGGGUUCAAAGUUAUUUCUUAGUCCCUCAUUUUUCACUCUUCACA